AUGGUAGCCUUGGAUAGAAAAAGAAAAAGUGGCUCGUCCCAAUCAAAUGGAGUAAAGAAGGCAAAAUCGAAUGCCACUUCUUCAUUCAUUUUGCACUCGUAUUCAAAAUUGCCCGAUCUCAAUGCAUUUCCUAAAGCAAAAUCAGAACCUUUGGACAUCUUUGUAUGGGGAACAGGCUCCAUGUGUGAACUUGGAUUAGGACCUUCUGCUAAGACAAAGGAGGUCAAAAGACCAAGACUUAAUCCAUUCUUAACUAGUGAAAAAUUGGGUGGAACUCAUAUAGUCGAUUUUGCUGUUGGUGGUAUGCAUACUCUUGCUCUUGAUGGCUUAAACAGAGUGUGGUCAUGGGGCGGAAAUGAUAGUGGUGUGUUAGGUAGAGAUACAUCUCAAGCAAAAGAAGUAUUGAAAAGUGCUGAUGACCAGGAUGAAGAUGAUGAAGAUGGUGACUUGAAUGAAGCCGAAUCGACACCUGGCUUGGUCACGGGCUUGCCAAAAGAUGGCAAGAUUGUUCAGCUAGCAGCCACGGACAACUUGAGUGUAGCAUUGUUCGACAAUGGAGAAGUUUAUGCUUGGGGUUGCUUCCGUUGUAAUGAAGGUUUGUUGGGAUUCUUGAGAAACGAAAUUAAGAUACAGAAAACCCCAUUAAAGAUUGCAGAACUCAAGAAUAUCGUUCAGCUAGCUGCUGGUAAGGACCAUUUGCUUGCCUUAGAUUCCAAGGGUAUUGUUUACGCUUGGGGUAACGGUCAACAAUAUCAGUUGGGUCGUCGUGUACUUGAGAGACAUCGUUAUCGUACUUUAGAACCUCAACAAUUCGGUUUGUUCAACAUUAAGUACAUUGCCAGUGGGGAUUUCCACUGUUUUGCGAUUGAUCAUGAUGAUAAGGUGUAUGCUUGGGGCUUGAAUCAGUUCGGUCAAUGCGCCUUAACUGAUGAGAAUGGUGACCUAGAAGAUGGGUCUACCAUUAGCAAACCAACUGUUGUUGACUCUUUAUCUAAUAAGAAUAUUGUUGAGAUUGCUGCUGGUGAGCAUCAUACUUUGGCCGUUACUGAAAACGGUGACGCCUUAGCCUGGGGUCGUUACGAUAUGAAAGAAGUUGGAAUCUCGAAAAACGACUUGCCAGAAUCAACUUUUAAGGAUCAACAUGGUAAUCCUAGGUCUAUCCCCACACCAACCAAAUUAAAAUUCAUUAAAGAUGACAGUGGUAUCAAAAUCAAGUCUGUUGGUGCAGGAUCUCAUCACUCUUUCGCCAUUACGGACGACGGAUUUGUGUACGCUUGGGGUUUUGGAGAUACAUAUGGACCUGGUUUGGGACCAUUGGACGAAGAUGUUGAAACACCUACAAGAAUUGUGAAUACUGCCACUAAGUAUCACGAUAUUGAGUUAAUUGGUGCAGGAGGACAGUUUUCUGUUAGUGGAGGUAAAAAAAUCGAAGAUGAGGAGAAGGCAGAAGACAGAUUGGAAAAGUAUGAAGAACUUGAAGAGUGA